GUGUCACUGCCAGCUGACCACAGGGUGACCCGUGUUCUGGAUUUCAGCUCCAAGCCCCCCCUCAGAGCCGCCACCCGGUGAGACAACCAGUUCGGAGUUAUGAAGACCAAGAACCGACCCUCCAGGCGCCGGGCGCCACCACAGGACACAGAGACCAGCCCACAGGAGCGGACCCCAGAGAGACCCCAGCAGGGCUCCGAGCUGGAGCUGACCAAGGGUCUGCGGAGCAGGGCAGCGCGGGCGCCGGGGCUCCGGGCCGAGGGCGGACGCAGGAGACCGGGGUCCUCGGGGUCAGGUGGCCGCCGGGAGAGCAGUGUCCAGCGUCGGCUGGAGAGCAACGAGAGGGAGCGGCAGCGCAUGCACAAGCUCAACAACGCCUUCCAGGCACUACGGGAGGUCAUCCCCCACGUUCGGGCCGACAAGAAGCUCUCCAAGAUCGAGACACUCACUCUGGCCAAAAACUACAUCAAGUCGCUGACCGCCACCAUCCUGACCAUGUCCAGCAGCCACCUCCCAGGCCUGGACGGGCCCGGCCCCAAGCUCUACCAGCACUACCAGCAGCAGCAGGCAGCUGGGGGCACGCUCGGUGCCACGGAGGCCCAGCCCGAGGGCCACCUGCAGAGGUACUCCACGCAGAUCCACAGCUUCCGCGAGGGCUCCUAGCGCUCAGGUUUGGGGGUCAGCAGUCCGGCCUGCUCCUCCUGCCCCACGUGGACUUGGCCCGAGUGGCUCCAUUUUCCAAUUUGGCUGCCACCCUGGAGCACAGCCUGGUCCCGGGAACCAGUGGGCAGGCUGAGGCCGUGGCUCUCUGAGCAGCGGGAGGCCCCAGCCUCCAUGUGGGUCCCAGGCCCUGGCUUUUGAUCUAACCAGGCGGCUUUCAGGCCUUCACUUUUGUAACUGUGCUCUCCACCCUGACUCCUCUGGGCCGGGAGAGCGUGUGGGAAAAGGUUUACUUUGGUAAGUUUCCCCAAGGCCCUGGGAGGGCCCUCCUUCAAUCUGCAUGGUAGGAUUAGAUGGGGCCAGACUCAGCCUCCUCAUUCAGGGUAAACUGAGGCACGGAGCAAGCAAAGCCCACGGCCAUGCGAGGAACGUGACCAGCUGAGAUAGUUGAAGCGUCUAGUUCAGUAACUGGCUGAUAGAAACCCUGAUCAUAUGACCUCGAGUUGAUUUUAAAGGAAAGGGGCAGGCUCCUUCCUCCCUCUUGACUAGCAGGGCCGGAGUAGGGUGCCAGGGUCGACAGCCUGGUGCUGAGGGGGCUGGAGACAGGGUGCUGAUCUUCUGGGCCCCUUGGGGUGAGGGCUUCAAGGGCCUAGUUCCCAAGAGAGACCCAGGGAGAGAGUUGUGCCAGGUCUCCCCUGGGUCCCAUCCAGGUUCACCGUUCACGGUCAUGGACGGUCAUAUCACUGACAGCGGCGAUGUGAGAGGACCUCAGGAUGUUCUUGCAUCCUGGCUGGAUUUGGGGAGCCCUGCAGGGCUCUCUGCAAAAAGGAACCUGGGGGUGGCAGGCGCUCCCCUCCCCCGCCUGGGUGCUGCUCUUUAAAGGCGAACACUGGACAGCUUGGCAGGUCCCUGCCGCCUCAGGCCAAGCUUCCUUCUGUUCAUGUUCCUGCCCUGCUGGCUCCGACAGGCUUGGCGACUUUCUCUCACUGCCUUGGCACCUCCCCGCCCUCAUCCUUCUGCCCACAGCCAAUAUGGGGAGGGACAGGGCCCUGGCAGCCUCCGGCAAGAGAAUCCCCAGACAUGGGGGAGUGAGCCGGGCCAGCGCCGCUAGCCCACAGCCGUGCCUGAGCUAGCCCUUAGGGCCAGGUCCCUUCGGGGCACUAUGGACCGCUCCAGGAGGCUGGUCUGUCCCUGUCCCACCGCCCCUGCUGUCCUUUCCCCUGGGGACCCCAGGCCCUCCUGGCCUGCCCUCAGGGCUGGUCGCUCUGGAAGGUCAGUGGUUAGGGUAACCCUCCAAUGGAACUAUGACUGAGGCAACGUUGACCACAGGAAAGAUGGGGUCCAGGCACCCCCUACUUGGGUGACCUGCCAGGUUGGAACACCAGAGGUUGAGGCCUCCAAGCCUGGUGCUGUUGUCUGGUUGAGCUGAGACCGGAGCAGGACACGGUGCGUCUCUGAUCUUGCUGAAUGAACUGACAGAACUGGAGCUCGGGGAGGUUUGGCCAGUAGAGGCUCUGUCCAGACUGUGCCCAGGGACUGGCCACGGGCUGUCGGGGGGCAGGAGGGGCUGGGCAUCAACACCUUAGGGACAAUGGCUCUCUAUGUCCCCAUCUGGCACCUGUCUCUUCCCUGCUUCCCAGAAGGUGGCCGCUGUCCAGAUGCCCAGUCCUUCACUAGUGGCUGCAGGGCACCUGCCUGCCCCUGUGGCCACAUCAUAAAGGAUCCGUCAAGGUUUCUGUCCCACCUCAGGGAGCAGGGAGGUGAGAGGACAGGCUUGGCGACACCCUGGUUGGCUCCCACCACUCUCAGCACCCCCAAGCUGAGGCGGGACUCUUUGGUCCCAGGAGACCCUGCCCUUGCUAAGGGCACCACACAAGUGGUGAGGUCCACACGCCAAGCCCUGGCCGCCUGGCCUGCGGCAGGACUGGGGCCCGCCUGGCACCGGACUGA